GCCGCCAAUCGCGGAGCGCGGCGCCGCCAAUCGCGGAGCGCGGCGCCGCCUGACGGAUGAGGAAGCGGCCGCCGCGCCCGCCCUCAGGCGGCAAGCGGCCAAUGGGCGGAGGAGAUGUGCUGACGGGCGGCGGACGCGGCCAACAGCGGCCCGGGGCGGGGUGAGGUCUCUUGCUUACUUUUGGACUUGGACAGGCAUAAUCUGUGAAGAUAAUUAAAGUUCCUCUACUCUAGAUGCUAGCCGCCGCGGGCCCGGCCAUGUCCCCGCUGCCGGAGGCGGAGCUGGUGCGCAGCUCGGUGCAGCUGUACCGGUACCUGCUGCGCUGCUGCCGCCGCCUGCCCCCGGGCCCCAUCCAGCAGCACUACAGACACGCCAUCCGGCAGAGUUUCAAAGUCCAUGCUGAUGAAGACGAUCCUGAGCGAAUCCAGCAGAUCAUUAAGAGAGCCAUUGAAGAUGCGGACUGGGUGAUGAAUAAAUAUAAAAACCAGAAGUAGAAGAGGAAGGAUGAAACCAAGGAAGACAUUGAUAAACAUCCUUAGAGGACUUGCAGUCAAGCCCAGUACUAUAUUAGAAUUAUUGCCUGAAGUUUUCUCUUGGAUAAUAUAAAUACAAUAAUUUAUAUUUCACUGGGAUGUCAUGAAGCUAAAUUAAUAUUUCUGAAGAAAUUUUAUUUUGUAAAUUGCUUUGUAUAUAUAUGGUAAAGCCCCAGCUUGCA